GCUUUCAGUCCUCUUUAUCCGAGAUUUAAUUUUCGUCCUUUCUUUUUUUUUUCUUUCUUUCUUUUCUCUCUCUAUUGCUCUUUCACACUUUCUUUGCAAUGUCAAGUCGAGAGACUGCACCUAUUAAUCCUCUACCUUCUAGUGUUAUCAUUGUAAAUGAGUCAACACCACUCAUCUCUCAUGACCAACAAUUAGCUGGAGGAAGUUUACAUGCCGACACAAGUUUCCAUUUAUCUUCAGUUAUUGCCCUUAGUACUGAACCAGAAACACGAGAUAAAGAAUUAGGGGGGCUCAGUUUGCUUAUUAUAUCCUCAUUGCUGUUUACGGGUGUCUCUGUACUGGUGAAAUUAUUGGGGACCACAUUCCCUUCGUUUGAAAUUGUGUUGGCUCGUUCUUGCACGCAGUUGCCUCUGGGUUUGAUUGGGUGUUUCAUGUUAAACGUAUGUCCGUUAGGAGAGAAAGAUGUACGCAAAUGGAUAUUAUUUAGAGCAGUGACAAGUGUGAUUGCCUUGUCCUUGUUCUUUUACAGUUUAACAGUCUUACCAUUGAUUGAUGCGACAGCCAUAUUCUUUUUAGGACCAAUAUUUAAAGUGAUGAUUUCUGCUAUUGUUUUAAAUGAAAACUUCACAAUUGUGGAUGGAUUUUAUUCGAUUGUUUGUUUUCUCGGUUUAAUUCUAGUUGCAAGGCCAAGUUUUUUAUUUAAUCAUGUUGCAUUUAUCAGAUUUGAUGAGGAAGAAGAAUAUCAACGGUCAUUUGGCAUUGCAUGUGCAUUAGUCGCCUCCUUGAUGUCAGCAAUGGCGUAUAUCACUGUCAGAAAAGUAGGUCAAGGUACACCUGUCAUGGUUCAUGUUGUUUAUUUUGGCUGCGUGGCUUCUUUGUUGAGUAUUAUUGUUCUUGCUUGUCAGCUUCAAGGGUUUGUCGUACCCUCUUGGAGCUGGCAUGAAAUGGGCUUACUUUUAAUGACUGGCGUCAUGGCAUUCUUAGGCCAGUUUACUUUGAACGAAGGGUUGAAAAUAGCCCCAAUUGGUCCAGUCACUUUGAUACGGUCAACUGAUGUCAUCUUUGCGUUUGUUUUCGGCGUGGCCUUUUUCAAGGAAAUACCUGGAUUUUAUACCAUGACUGGCUCUUUACUUGUAAUGGGAACUACUACAGCCAUGAGUUUAUAUCGCUGGCAUCGACAAGAAUUAAGAAAUGCUGCUAUCCGAAGAAGAAGGUCAAGAGACAGACUUACACGUCAACAACAAGCUCAAACAGCUUCAUAAUACCCCCCUCCUCCUUUUAAAUACUGAUAAAAAACCCAAAAAAAAAACAUUUAUUUUAAUAU